AGCUACCCAUACUUGAAACACAUGAACAAGGAACUCCCAUGAAAGCAGCUGGUCGGCCAUUGGGGGAAAAGUAUACGGGCUAGCUAACGUUAACUAGCUAAAUUGUCAUCUUCAACCUAGCUAGUAGCGUGUGUGCAAAAUGAGUUAAAUUCGUCAUAAUAAUCUUUAGUUUGGCUAGAUGAUUCACGUUAAAGUUCUGUAUUUGAAGAUCUGUUCAUGAUUUUCACUGAAAUUCCAGCAUGGGCGAUGGCAGUGUCAUACCCAAGUUCGGUAGUAUGAAGCAGGCUUUGCUUGGGAUAGUCGCCGGGGCUGGAGCCUCCUACGGGAUUUAUAAACUUCUCAGUGUAACUAGUUUCAAGGAAAAUAAGAAAAGUGCCACCAGCGAAAGUCAUGGCCCCAGGAAUAGCUCACCCGGUGGGAUAGUUCUGCAGCCAGGGAGCUUGUUAGCUAAGUUGUCCGGGUUGGAUGUGGUUCGUGGAGGCGAAAGUCAGGCCGUGGAUGUUGCAUCAAGUAAGAACAUUAGCUAGCGAGGUAACGUUGGCUAGCGAGCCAACUGAGCCUGUCAUUUUGUCAAGCUUACGUUACGAAGUCUUUAGCUAACUAAGCUACCUAGCCGGUUUGUUUAAAUCAUUCAUGUAGAUAAUCGAACGUCUUAUAGAUACUUAUAGGUAACUAGUGAAGUAAAUUCGUGCGGUGUGGUGGAUGAGCAUAAAAAAAGUUAUCCUUACCUUAAUUGGCGAAUUAGCAUGUUAAGUCCGCUAGCUAACAUGCAGCUUACAUGUGUUGAAAAGGUUGCUGCUAGCCAGCUAGGUAGCUAGCUAGCAUUGUUGACAGCAUGAACUUGUUUUGCGAUUGACAAACAUGCCAGCUAGCUUGAGUAACUAGUGAUUCAUGGGAAGAGUACUGCAUAUCCAUCUGUCUACAUGUACUUGGCCAGUUUAAGACAUUGCUGCUAUUCCUCAGGUGACAUCAUCUCUAGAUCACCAGAAAGCCUGGAACCACAACACCUGAAGAUGCUCCUGUCACUUCUUCAGGGCAGCCCCAACCCUUCUGACAGAGCCCAGAUCCUCAUCACUUUAGGAAAUACUGCUGCCUUCACUGUAAACCAGGUGAGACAGGCUUCUCUAAAGCUUGUCUGUUGCCUCUAUUCAAACUCUGUGAAAAGGUUUCAAAUGAUAAAAUGUUCCAAUUCACGUUUGGCUUUCUAGCAGUGUCAUUACUCUUUAGUGGCAGAUCUGUAUUUUCUUGUUAAAUUCAAUUGGUGUCAUGUUUCUGAAAUGUACCAUACGUUUUUAAGGGAUUCAAAUACCUGUGGUUAAUGAUUGUUCCCUGUCGGAAUAUUGCACAUACAAGCCAACUUAAAGUUCUACCCCCUCUCCCUCCCAGGAUCUCAUCCGUGAGUUUGGGGGCCUUCACGUAAUAGCUGGCUUCCUGUCAGAUCCUGUGCCAGAGGUCAGAGUGCAGACUCUGAAUGCCUUGAAUAACCUGAGCAUGAACCUUCGGAACCAAGAGCAACUGAAGGUAAAACCCACCAGAUUUAUUUUAGUAUUUUGCUUAAUUCUAAAUUAAACCUUCACCCCUCUAGGCACUUAUAGUACAUCUGAAAGGAUGGAUGAGUAUCAGCAAUAUGGGUGAUUCCUUACGAAACUAGAACAAAACAAGACUAUGAUUUUCACGAAAUCUAGGCCUAAUCAAUAGAAGUGUCCUUUGGAGGAACGGUUGUUUAAAUAUAUUUGUAAUUUGUAUCUUAAAGCAUAAUUGAGAAAUAAUUCAUUGAAGUUGGAUCAUUUGUGACAUUUUGGCCUUACUCAGGCCUCCUUUAAGACACCAUAAUGUUUCAUCUGUAGGCACGACAAAGCAAAAAUUGGUGUCAUAUAAAGAUUUACCGAUUGCUAUGUAAUAUGAAUAAUAUUUUGAUUUCAAUAACAAUUUUCUUACGUUAAUUUAUGAAUAUUGAAAAUAUUCAAUUUUUUAUUUGACUAAGGUUUCAAUAUAUUGUUGAACAUAAUAUACUCUACGCAGGCACAUCAAAGUUCCAGUGGUAUCAAUUCUACUUUUAGAGUUAUGAUUGGUCUCCCUGUCAGGGCUCUACAGUGUGACCAUUUUACUCACAUACAGUGGGGGAAAAAAGUAUUUAGUCAGCCACCAAUUGUGCAACUUCUCCCACUUAAAAAGACGAGAGAGGCCUGUAAUUUUCAUCAUAGGUACACGUCAACUAUGACAGACAAAAUUAGAAAAAAAUCCAGAAAAUCACAUUGUAGGAUUUUUAAUGAAUUGAUUUGCAAAUUAUGGUGGAAAAUAAGUAUUUGGUCAAUAACAAAAGUUUCUCAAUACUUUGUUAUAUACCCUUUUUUGGCAAUGACACAGGUCAAACGUUUUCUGUAAGUCUUCACAAGGUUUUCACACACUGUUGCUGGUAUUUUGGCCCAUUCCUCCAUGCAGAUCUCCUCUAGAGCAGUGAUGUUUUGGGGCUGUCGCUGGGCAACACAGACUUUCAACUCCUUCCAAAGAUUUUCUAUGGGGUUGAGAUCUGGAGACUGGCUAGGCCACUCCAGGACCUUGAAAUGCUUCUUACGAAGCCACUCCUUCGUUGCCCGGGCGGUGUGUUUGGGAUCAUUGUCAUGCUGAAAGACCCAGCCACGUUUCAUCUUCAAUGCCCUUGCUGAUGGAAGGAGGUUUUCACUCAAAAUCUCACGAUACAUGGCCCCAUUCAUUCUUUCCUUUACACGGAUCAGUCGUCCUGGUCCCUUUGCUUCACAGUAGGUAUGGUGUUCUUUGGAUGCAACUCAGCAUUCUUUGUCCUCCAAACACGACGAGUUGAGUUUUUACCAAAAAGUUCUAUUUUGGUUUCAUCUGACCAUAUGACAUUCUCCUAAUCCUCUUCUGGAUCAUCCAAAUGCACUCUAGCAAACUUCAGACGGGCCUGGACAUGUACUGGCUUAAGCAGGGGGACACGUCUGGCACUGCAGGAUUUGAGUCCCUGGCGGCAUAGUGUGUUUCUGAUGGUAGGCUUUGUUACUUUGGUCCCAGCUCUCUGCAGGUCAUUCACUAGGUCCCCCCGUGUGGUUCUGGGAUUUUUGCUCACCGUUCUUGUGAUCAUUUUGACCCCACGGGGUGAGAUCUUGCGUGGAGCCCCAGAUCGAGGGAGAUUAUCAGUGGUCUUGUAUGUCUUCCAUUUCCUAAUAAUUGCUCCCACAGUUGAUUUCUUCAAACCAAGCUGCUUACCUAUUGCAUAUUCAGUCUUCCCAGCCUGGUGCAGGUCUACAAUUUUGUUUCUGGUGUCCUUUGACAGCUCUUUGGUCUUGGCCAUAGUGGAGUUUGGAGUGUGACUGUUUGAGGUUGUGGACAGGUGUCUUUUAUACUGAUAACAAGUUCAAACAGGUGCCAUUAAUACAGGUAACGAGUGGAGGACAGAGGAGCCUCUUAAAGAAGUUACAGGUCUGUGAGAGACAGAAAUCUUGCUUGUUUGUAGGUGACCAAAUACUUAUUUUCCACCAUAAUUUGCAAAUAAAUUCAUAAAAAAUCCUACAAUGUGAUUUUCUGGAAUUUUUUUUCUCAAUUUGUCUGUCAUAGUUGAUGUGUACCUAUGAUGUAAAUUACAGGCCACUCUCAUCUUUUUAAGUGGGAGAACUUGCACAAUUGGUGGCUGACCAAAUACUUUUUUCCCCACUGUAUUUUGCUGUGUGACCUGGCAUUUUUUAUUUAUGUGCCGCACCAGUGCACCUAGAACAAUGAAAGAUUAUAGCUUUAAUAUCUCUUUUUUUUUUUAUUAUUGUGGUCCUACAUUUCUUUGUGCACCUACAUUUUUCAACUUAAGCGCACUUGGGCUCCUAGUAAUAAAAUAUCCUCUGCUGGUGAUUUGCAGGAAGUGCAAUGAAAAGGAGGGCUAUGAUUGCCUACUAUACCAAUUUCUCUACAUAAAAUGGGCCAUAACUUUAAAACUAUCACACUCUGGAUAGGGUUUUUAACUACAUCAAUUUCUUCAGUUUAACAAUCAACGUGUCUGUCCUCUGUCUGUCAGGUGUACGUGGCCCAGGUGCUGGAACUUAUCGAGAUGUCUCCGGUGAACUCUGACCUCCAGAUGGCUGCCCUCCGGCUGCUGACCAACCUGUCUGUCACAGACGACCACCACCAGCUACUCAGGGGGUCCAUCACCCUCCUCCUCUCUCUGCUCGUUGUUAGCAACCAAGUGUUACAGGUACAGUAGGAGCCAUUUAUGGAGUGUUGUAUAGCUUGUGUAUAUAGGAACUCAACUCAAAUGUGAUUCAGUGUAAAUCCCAGUUAUGAUUGAAGAAUGUAUUCCUACUUUUUCUUUACAGAUCCAAGUUUUAAAAGUGCUUGUGAAUUUAUCCUCCAAUCCUGAUAUGAUGGAUGACAUAGUGCAAGCUCAAGUAAGACUGACAUACAUUUAUAGCCAAAUCAGCAAAACAGACACGCAUGGUCAUUAACUUUGAUAGGGCCUCGUAUUACUAUGAUUGUUAAUUUAGCCUACAUUUAAGCUUGAACUAUCUAGUCCUGUUGGCUCAGUUCAGCACCUGGGUCUUUGGGUGUGAACAUAUUAUACCUAGUUUCAUAAGCCAGACUCAUAGUCUUCCUUUAGUAUUCCCCUGUGACAUUAUUUUUUAGAGCUCUAAACUUGACUUGAGCUGUGUUGUUGCUCUCUGUGUCCUUCCCAGGCUCCAGCCUCUGUGGUGUUACUGUUUGACGUGCGGACCAGCUCGGCAGUUCUCUUGCGGCUACUGAUGUUUGCAGGGAACAUGAAGGCCUGGAGGCCUUCUGCCCAGGUGGCGGAGGCCCUGAGGAGGAGACAGGAUUGCCUGUACCGGGUCCUGCUGGACGAGUCCUCCCAGCUCCAAAGCAAAUUGAUCCAGCUGCUCUCUCACCCUGAUGGGGAGGUCCAAGCCCAGGUGGCCCGUGUCCUCUUGUAGACCCCCAUACCGAACCUCAAAUCUCGACACAACCUCUCUUACCUACAAUAUUAAUUUUACCUCCAACUCCAACCUCAUUUUCCUAACCUCGACUCCUUUAACCUCCAGCUCCCCCAAUCUUCCUAAUCCCAAAUCCUCCUUAAUCAUGCCACCAAACGUACAUCCUACCUUCAAACCUCCAAUGUAAUGUACACCCCAACCAGACUUAAUCAAUCUGCCCAGGCCUGCCCGUGCCUUCAAACACCACCCAGCCCUUCAUUCCUUCUGCCAAUUACCACCCAAUCUCUGUCCUACAUCUCCACUCCAAACCUCAACCCAACCAUCAUAAACCUCCACCUCAGUAAAAUCCCCUCCAGCCAUUGGAAAUCUAUCCAAUUCUCCAUCGAUCAGUGAUCAUAAAGGAAGGAGGCGAGGGGGAGAGGAAGCCAUUUAAUAGUAUUGAGACUCGGCCCACCUCUCCCUCCCCUCCCACUCCUCCUUCACUCAGGCUGGAAUUUUAGGCUGGAUUUAAAGACGCAGUGCUCCACUUCCACAGUGUCUUUCUCUCUCAUGAGAACAUGUCCACUUUCUCACAAGGCAUCCUGUUCCAGGCGAAGCCCCUUAACCUAAACCCACUGCCAAAACCUUUCAAGCAAAGAGAAUGUGUCAGUAAUAUGCCCUCCAACACCUCACCCAACUACUAACUGCCCCUGCGUGGUGUACUGCGCAUAUGUAAUGGGGUGGUUUGGUGAACCACACUCGCAUGAUGCGUAAACUUGCCUGAGAGCUGAAGACUUGCAAUUGCUUCCCGACCUAAUAACUAGGCUUUAGCAGAGUGGUCUAACACAUCUUGUGGAGGAGACAAACUGGCUUGCCAAUCGUUACUGUACGUUGAGGUUACACACAAUUUGAAUGCCUUGUUGACACCAGUACAGGGAUGCACAGCUCCAGUCUUUGAGUGUCACAGUGGGUUGGAAGUCUUGCCCUCUUAAACUGUCAAUCAGUAACUGAUUUACACCUGGGAAUCAAAGGUCAAGUUAGGUAUAUCUGAAAUGUGUGCACUAGCAGCGUAACGCUUUCAAGCGGAAGUGGUACUCCCUGCAUACUGAUUAAAUAAAUAAUAGGCUGAAACAUUUCCCGAAUUGAAUUGUUAGUUUAAAGCACUGAGAUAAGAAAGAUGACAACCAGCUCGUCUCAGGUUUCCUAUAAAAUCAUGCAGCUGGUGAAUUAGACUGAGCCAGGUCAGACCUGAGAGGACUGGAGUUAUGGACCCCUGAUGCUAGUGUGUCACACCGUAGAUAGUUUACAGAGGAGCGAGGGAGACUACUGUCACUGAUCUCCUGUUUGUAUGACUCAAUAAAUGUCAAUGGGGUUUUCCCUGAUCCAACGACGUUCACAUCAUCCAAAUGGGAUUUUUAAGCAUUGAUCUCAUAAGACAUGAGCUGAGGCUGAUUUGAAGUAUAGGCUACACUGUACAAGGGUUCUCCAACUCCCAACACCUAAUUCAGGUAACCGUGGCCAGAUUGAAGACCAUGAUUGGUUCAGUGUUUCCCCUACCCAUUGUAUUGACUGGGUGUGUCUCAACAAUUGUAGUGCCACAAGGCCUGGAUGUUGCUUUGGGGGCCUUUGCACCCCACCUGGAAAGUAAUCUAGGGGGAAGACUGGAUAAAUAUAUAUUUUUUAGAUAGUUGUGUAAGUGCUGGGCUGGAACAAAAGCC